CCAUCAAUUUCACGGCAAGUUGUAGAUCUCUGUCACGUCUUUAUUUUUGAGUAAGAAAUCACCUUCAGUUUGUGUAUAUUCUAUUCUUCUGCUUGUGUAUUCUCUAAUUUUGUUAAAUUGGAAACAAUGAUGAGUAAAUGCUUUUGGAUCGUAAUGAUUCUAUCGUGCUCAAAUGCAACUGAAGACGUAAGUUAUAAUUUGGAAGCCCCCCGGCUGAUCAGCGUGACGUCAGUCGAGCCACGAGGGCUAUACAUCCAUUGGAGUAAUGUUAGACAGUUAAUGCGUGAUCCUGUCUUGGGCUUUAAGAUACAUAUUUUCGAGAUAUCUGAGUCAUCUGAGACAGAAGUAAAAAUACUAACAAACAAUCACCCAGAAAUUGUGAAGAAUGACAUACCUUUACAGAAAUUCAAUUCAAACAAAAUAGAUCCGACUGUCGAGAUUAUAACGGGAGUAAGGUUUAAAGCUACUGUUACUGACCUUAAAUACAAUACUCUUUAUGAAGUAAGAGUUCUUGCCUUUAAACGUGAUAUGGAUGGUCCACUAUCAGAACCAAUAAGAAUAAAAAUAUUGAAAGAUACAGAAUAUGAUGCUGUUGUUACGAGGACAGUGAAUGGGUGUCAGUUUUCAAUGCAAACAGAAAACGUACAAAUAGAAGAAGAUGUCUUUCCGUUAAUUUACAAUUCUUACUUUUAAUUGAACUCUUAAAUAUUUAAAGAUUUGUUUAUUACAAAACUUUGUAAUAAACGUAUUACACAAGGACAGGAAGUGUGUGAUACUGGUCGGUUACAAUAAAAAUAAUAAUGGGUUUUAUCAUAUUUUUCAAAAUGUUUUAUUGAUAACAAUUCAUUUGUAAAACUAUAAAGUAUUUUAUACAAAUAAAAAAGAUUUUUGCAUA